AUGGACGACUCGGGAACCAUGCCUCAUCAUGGUUCACUCGGCCCCAACAAUGAAACCAAACCUGCUUCUAUUUUGGAGAGCGACAAACGUUUACAAAAGGACACCUCCAUAGAUUCCCAAGCUGUAGCUUCCACCAGUCAAAACUCGGAACAUUUUGAGUACCUAUCCCUUCGACCUCGGCAUGAUUCAAAAUGCGAUGUGAAUGACAUUACAUCAUUCAACCAGCCCCAGCCGAAACCUGAUGCAAUUGUGCCUCUUGCACAUGCGCCGAAGACUGUGCCCGCCGUCAUCAGAAAUUACGCGGGUGAAGUGGUAGCAAAAUAUACCUACAAUGAGUACAAGCCUACGAAUCCAAUAGUUGUCACCGGCUUUUCUCGUCAGCGCGCACCCGAGAAUCUCGAACUUCCUCCUUCAAGACCAAAUGAGCCAGUAGAACCGUGGAAAAUCUUUCCCCCGCCAUCGAAUUCAGCUUUUACAGGAAUAGAAAAGGUCGACAAGUACGAUCCACAACAGUAUGAUACUUUCGAUGUGGCUCUUGAUGGAGCUGAGCUUGCCAUUAGAAAUACUCCAUCUCCUAAAAAGCAUGUACCUGCUGUAUCUAAGCGUACUAGAAAACCAUCGAUUGGUGAAAUGGUGGCUACUGGAAUCGACUUCACACAAAAGGCAUGGGUACAACAUGAUCCUUCAUGUGUUGGUGAAAUUUACCCUUUAGAGGAACAAAAAGCCGAUUUUGUCAGGAAUUUAAACGAAGGAGCACCCCUCGAAUACUGCAAGAAAUGCAAAGAGACGCACAUCCCACCUGGGCCUCCUAUCACACUCGCAGAUCGGGAUACAUGUGGCGCAUACCUACCUGACUGGUUUCCGUCCGAGGGAAUCCAUAGGCCCUGGGAUAAUUACAGGAGUAUGAUCAAUGAUUGGGUCAUUGGGAGAGAAAUCGAGCUAGGCUAUGAUGAUCAUAGGGAGAGGGACCCCAACCGUAAUCUAUGGAACAAGGAAUUUCACAGUGAUGCCGAAGAAUGGAAACAAAUUGGGCGACGUAAUGGAAGGGGUGGCUGGUGGAAAUGUAGGAAAGGACCAAAUGCCACCCCGGCUGAAAGAAAUUGUCGAGUCUGUACCUCCAGUCAAGCAAUUCAUAGAAACCAUGAAGUGACAGCCUAUAGACUCAAGCCUUCUGCGUCGCAGAGCAGAGCGAAUAUUGAGAAUUGGAUCAAGGAGAGAAUCAAAGGAGUCGGGCUUGACGAUAAGGAAGUUGUCCUUGCCAUGUGGCGCACAAAUGGUAUUCCACAACACUAUGGGCCACCAGUUUCGAGAAAUGGAAUGUAUCCCGUUACCGAGGGAGGACGACGCCCGGUUACAGGUGUAUCAUCAUUGGGACCACGAACUUUUCUUCCUCCAGAGCAAAUGUUCUCGGAAAGAUUGUUCAGAGGCAAUGGUCUGCAAUCCACAGGUUCUCAGAGUUUCGAUGAAGAUUUUGGAUUCGAUGAUUCAAUGGGGGAUAUGUAUUCACCUCUUUCUUCUAAUACUUCCCCUUCUUCUGGUCAAUCUGGGGCCCCCAAGAUUAUCGUUACGGAUAGUGGAUUGGGUUCACCUACUUCUUCUCAAGAUCCACCUUCUAAUUAA